GGGGAGUGUUUUGUUCAUCUCUGUGUUUUUCUGAAUAUAUGUCUGGAUGUUUCUUCAUCUGUUUGCCUGUAUUGUUUUGACCUAGACUGUACAGUUGUAUUUUGCAGAGUGUUCAUUGUCAAACUACAAAAUUAUUAAAUUAGAAUUUAAAAAAAAAAAAAAAAAAUGCUAUUAUUUUAUAUAUAAAAAAUAAUAAUAGUUUUUUAUUGACAAAAUAUUUUAGUUUGUCAUGUAUAUUUUAAUUUCAUUAAAUCAGAUAACAUUUUAAGCUGUCAUAUGGUCAUGUUACAACGUGCCCCAUCACAUGUUACAGUGUGCCCCUCAUGUGGGGCAUGUUGUCACAUUUCACUUCCAUUCUUUCGGGCUAAAUAAAAAAAAAAAAAAAAAGUAUACACGGUAUUAAUGAAACAAAAAAGCCACAUAUUGUACCAGACAUCUGUGAAUGUGGAACAAAAGAAUUUCUCUGAACCCUAAGCUACACAAACUGAGAAAGUCAAAAAGCGUUAGGUUGUGCCCUGCUCUCCCCUACAGAUCGAGAUGUUGUCUUUUGAGUUGGUGUUGGGAGGAGGGCACUCCUCUCGUCUUGUGCUUGCGUUGCAUUUCACUGACAGUACUUAUACUGUGUCAGAAUAAAAGUAAGCUUCAACACUGACCGCACAGUGAAAACGGCUUCUAUCAGAAGACAGGAUAGGGCGGUUCAGACAUCUGGAGGACAUCAUCGCUCUAAAGCUCCUGUUGCUGCCCUUUACGAUGUAAAAACAGCAGUACUUCACAAGAAUGAUUGUUCUCGUCGUACUGAUUUUCGGAUGCGAUUCAUUUCUGCAGUGGAUUUGGGAUUUCAUGUAUGAGGAACGUCAUGUGCUCCUCAUGUCACCCCACUGGAGCGUGUGCGCAGCUUUCAGCACUCAUCUAAUCUUCUCUGCUCCCUUCAUGCUUCUGGAUGUGUUCAGUACACACGUCGAAUGGAUUCAUAAAUAUAGGAUACGCCGUGAAGUCGUUGGCUUGCAGCAGUGGUUUCGAUGUGCUUCUCGAAUUUUAUGGAAAUACAUGGUUGGCGUUUUACCGUUAACUGCGCUGUUUCUGUCAAUACGGCACAUGAAUUUCCCAGAAAGAGCACCGUCUUCAUUCCAUGCAUUCAGGGAAUGUGUCUCAUGCAUGCUCAUGUUCGAUACGCUGUUCUUCAUGUUUCAUUACACCAUUCACAAAAUUCCCUGGCUGUACCACAGCGUCCACCGCAUUCACCAUCUGAACAGAGACACUUUUGCUCUGGCAGCUCAAGACUCCAGUAUUUCUGAACUUCUGUUUCUACAAACCCUUGCAUUUAUCAGUGCCAUGCUGGUGGGCUGCCACCCUUUUAGUGAAAUCCUUUUCCAUCUGGUUAACACCUGGAUGGCAGUGGAGGACCAUUGUGGAUAUGACUUUCCUUGGGCACUGCAUCGGUUGCUGCCAUUUUUUGGUGGGGCGCCACACCACCUGGCCCACCAUCAGCACUUUAAAGGGAACUUCGCCCCCUACUUCAGACACUGGGAUUACAUCUUUGGGACCUUAUUGCCCAUUCCAGUAAAUGAAGGAGACAUUUAAUAAGGUGAAUCCAGGUUAAUUGGGCCAUUAUAUGACAGUGAGAUUGUAAGUAAAAAGACUAUAAAAAAUAUCUGAUUGUAUCUGAUUUCACCCAACAUGAACUGUCAUUUAAUAACCCAGUUUUUGUCAAAGAUUUUCAAAUUUUCUUACUGAAUUAAGUCCAGAUAAACCUAGGAACAUCAGGUUAAUUUAUAAUCAGAAAAUUUAGACAUUUGCAAGGCCUCAUUUUUUAUUCAGCUUAAAUUGUGUGGAUUGUUUAUGAAUGUUUUGAAUACUGGCUAUUUGCAUUAUGACUUUUAUUGUUGUAUAUUAAGUGUUUUUUAGUUAUUUUGUUAAGGGUUAAUAACACACAUUAUAAAAGUUCCUAUAUUAGUUCCUGUCCUUGAUUCUGAUUGGUCAAUAGCUGUGUUUUAUUCACGAUAAAACACGGCUAUGACCGCUUCACCCAACGGUUCUGUGUGUCAUAUUUUUGGCUUUAAUAUUUAUAUUGUGUGGUAACCAUUUUAUAAAAGCAAUAAGGUACUCGAGGCUAGUGCUGUAUCGUGAAUAAGUCACGGCUGAAGGGGUUGCAGGCACUCCGCUUUGCGUCAACGCCCUUCAGCCGUGACUUAUUCAUGAUACAGCACAGCCUCUCAUACCUUAUUGCUUACUUAAACACAUCUUAUUAAAAAAAUUUCUAUACAAAUAUAAAUAUUACAGUUGGUAAAUUUUAUAAAUAUUUUAUUUUUAAACUUUUUAAAAAUGUUUUUUAACUUUUAAAAUGUUUUACUUGAAAGUUAUAGAAUGUAAAACACUGCCUGACAUGGGUGCAUUCUGAUGUUUUUCCAAUUGAAAAUGUAUUAGUCUAUGUCAAACAGUAUAAUAAAAAUUUAGCAACACUAAUACACACACACACACACACACACAUUGUGUAUAUAUAUAUUGUGAAUGCUCACCAGGCUUCAUUUACUUUAGCAAAAAUAAAAACAGUAACAUUAUGAAAUAUUAGUGAAAUGUACAGUUUUUUACGAUUGCUUAAGCACAAUUUUAAAAACAAGGCUCAUUUUGUCAAAACACUACACACAAUUCACAGAUCCACACACACAAGUAGCACAACACCUCAGUUCUUUUGCAAAAUGAAACACUUCAUUUAAAACUUUACAUUCAUUUAACAAAACCCAACUUUGACACCGUAUGGAACAUACAUGGUUCAUACAUUCUGAUUCUGUUUGAUUCAUUUACACACUGCUGUGCUCAAUCUUAAACACUUGUAACUUUUAUUCUUUUCUAAUGAUAAAGUCUGUUUUUUAUUUUUUUCAGAUAUUGUUAGAGUAAUGCACAUGAAUAUAUUGACAAAAAAACAACAAACAAACAAACAAAAAAACACAAGAUCAGUACUGCACAUUGAUGAAAAUAUUUAUUUCUCACCACAUUGUAAAACCAUUCAAUACAUCAAUCCCUUUCCAAAGGUUACAUUUUGCACUGAAAAUCAGAACAUAUUCUAUACAAUAUAGUACACAAACCAAAACUUUUGUGGAGAAAAAACAAAAGCAUGAUUUUAAAUGGGAAAAAUAAAUAAAUAAAAAAAAUAGAAAAAACACCUAAGCAUCAUCUCUUGGCCUAGCUGGAUCUGGCCAUAGCACUUCAUCCACAUCACAGGCGAUGUCCUUUCUCGCAAGACAGCGAGGGAAGAAUCUUCUUGAAUGGCGAAUCCAUCCUUGCACAGACCCUGCAUCAAUCAGGUCAGGCCUUCUCAAUGGCUUGAAUGAGGCAUAUCCUGACAUAGGGCCGGAGAUUGUAAACCUUCCAUGCCAAAAAAAAAAAAAAAAAAAACCCUCCUCAAUGGGUUUAAAGAAGGGACAGUAUGGUGGGAGGUAUUGGAGUGAAAACUGUGGACGCUAAUGAAACCAGUUUUGGACCACACUGUAAAAAAUGAAUGUGAUUUUAACAGUGAAAUAUUGUAAAAACGCUACGGAAAAAAAAUGUAAAUAGGUUAACAGUAAGUUCCAGUACUAUAUACAGGGAAAAACUGUAAAAGCUCUUACCAGACAUUUUAUGUAAUUUUCACAGUAAAAUGCUGUAAAUUUUAAAAUUUUUAGAAGUAAAAAAAAAAACAAAUCAAUGUAUAAUUUACAGUCAAAAACUGUAAACUGAUAUUCCCACAAUUCCCUGUGUGACACUCCAUAUUUGAAAGUAUUUUGUUUAAAAAAUCAUGUUUCUUAAUAGUUUUUGUUAUCAGUUAUGUACAUUAGGGUUUUAUGUUACAUCUUCUGUUGUUUAAUGAAUGUUUAUUGCAUUAUGUAAGUGUUGUGGGUUACCAUGAUGGUGUUUUGCGUUUG